GGGAUGGCAGAAGGAAAUGGCGCAUCAAACAAGAAACAAAUCUUGUGGCAAAUCGUGCGGGAAAUUACAAGUUUUUUUAAUUCAUUACAUUUAAAAAAUCAUUUACCUGUAACAUCGCAUAUUGCACAAAGCAUUAAAGCAAAUCUUGGAAAUUACAAGGAAAAACUGUUCACGUCGAUCAAGAUUCGGCAAAAGGGUUUACUGUUUAUUGAAAGCGAUUAA